GCUCCGCCCGCAGCCGUCACGUGGUGGGACCCCGGGUACAGCCUGUUGCUGAUGCUGCCGCGCGAUAUUCAUCAUGGAGCUGGCGCCGCCGAGCCGUCCCGGGCCUCGGUGGCUGCUGCUGUUGCUGCUGCUUCUGCCGCUGCCUCUACUGGGCCAGAGCGCGCUAGGAGCUGUCACUGAUGAGCCCACGGAGGAGGGCAAGGAAGUGUGGGGCUAUGUGACUGUCCGCCAGGAUGCCCACAUGUUCUGGUGGCUCUAUUAUGCCACCCACCCCUGCAAGAACUUCUCAGAACUGCCCCUGGUCAUGUGGCUUCAGGGCGGUCCGGGUGGUUCCAGCACUGGAUUUGGAAACUUUCAGGAGAUCGGGCCUCUUGACACCGACCUCAAACCUCGGAAAACCACCUGGCUCCAGGCUGCCAGUCUCCUCUUCGUGGAUAAUCCUGUGGGCACAGGGUUCAGUUACGUGAACAAGAGUGCCUCCUAUGCCAAAGACCUCGCCAUGGUGGCUGCAGACAUGAUGGUCCUGCUGAAGACCUUCUUCGAUUGCCACAAAGAAUUCCAGACAGAGACACAGAGAGAUUGUCUAUCCACUAUUCACUCACCAGAUGCCCUCCAUGGCCCGUGCUGGGCCACGCCAAAGCCAGGAACCAGGAGCUCCAUCCAGACAAUUCCAUUCUACAUUUUCUCAGAAUCCUAUGGAGGAAAAAUGGCUGCUGGUAUUGGUCUAGAACUUUAUAAGGCUGUGCAGCAAGGGACCAUCAAGUGCAAUUUCUCUGGGGUUGCCUUGGGUGACUCCUGGAUCUCCCCUGUUGAUUCAGUGCUCUCCUGGGGACCUUACCUGUACAGCAUGUCUCUCCUGGACGACCAAGGUCUGGCGGAGGUAUCUCAUGUUGCUGAGCAAGUCCUGGAUGCCGUCAACAAGGGGCUCUACAAGGAAGCCACUCAGCUGUGGGAGAAAGCAGAAAUGGUCAUUGAGAAGAACACGGACGGGGUGAACUUCUACAACAUCUUAACCAAAGACACUCCCAUGUCUUCCAUGGAAUCCAGCCUGGAAUUCAUGCGGAGCCACUUGGUUCGUCUGUGUCAGCGUCACGUGAGACACCUACAUGGAGAUUCCUUGAGUCAGCUCAUGAAUGGUCCCAUCAGAAAGAAACUCAAAAUUAUUCCUGAGGAUUUCUCCUGGGGAGCCCAAUCUUCCAACGUCUUCAUGAACAUGGAGGGGGACUUCAUGAAGCCGGUCAUCAGCAUUGUGGAUGAGCUGCUGGAAGCCGGGGUCAAUGUGACCGUGUAUAAUGGCCAGCUCGACCUCAUCGUGGACACCAUGGGUCAGGAGGCCUGGGUGCGGAAGCUGAAGUGGCCAGAACUGCCCAAAUUCAAUCAGCUGAGGUGGAAGGCCCUGUACAGUGACCCCAAAUCCUCUGAAACAUCUGCUUUUGUCAAGUCCUACAAGAACCUGGCUUUCUACUGGAUUCUAAGAGCUGGCCACAUGGUUCCCUCUGACCAAGGGGACAUGGCUCUGAAGAUGAUGAAGUUGGUGACUCAGCAAGAAUAGGACUGACGGCUGGAGAUGAGCUGGGUUGAUCUCAGUUCAGGAGCUGAGCCCGCGACCCUGGAGCAGUGGGAGUCAGCCAUGUUCCUUCAGCUUGACCUAGGCUGUGCUUGGGAAGUUUCCCCCAGCCUCAGCAGAGGAUAAAGUGUUGCCCCAGGACAAGCUGGAAAUCAGUUCUGCUUAAGAAAACUGAAGUUCUUGCAGAAUGGGCUUGUUUUUAUCAAAAUGAAGGAUUAUAACAGAUUAACUUUUCCUUAUUACAAAAGCAAAUGAUGUGAUUUGUACAAACAGUGGGAAAUUAAGGUAAACAAAGAACAAAAUAAACACUCGUGUGCAGGGACAAGCACUGUUACCAAUAUGGUAGAAACCAUGGCAGGUCCUUUUUUGCUAUGUAGACAUAUAUAUUUUUUACAAAGAUUGAAUCGUCAUAUCCUGUAUGCUAUUGUGCUGUCUGCUUUGUUCACACAUCACUGUGCCCAGGCGCCUUUCGUGGCAGUAAGUGUUCUGAGACAGCUGAGUGGCUGCUGAGUGCUCGGUUUCAUGGUUGUGCAUGUUUAUUUACUGCAGCCCCAGCUGUUUCCCACAAGUAAUUUCUGGUUCAUCCCAACCGUAAACAGUGCUCUGUGAUUCAUUCUGAUGGUUACGUGUGUCUGCACAUUCCUGUUACUCCCUGACGGUAAACUCAUAAAUGUAUAAUUGUUUAGGCAAA